GUGUAAGGUAGGUUGUAUCCCGGCGGUGGUGGAGAGUGGUCUGUUGUUGAGUCACCGGGAAAACCGUUACUCGACCGGGAAAGCUGGGAACCGUUCCUCCGUUUCUCCGCUCGGUUUUUUUUUAUACUGUAGUUACACCCAUCCACCAGACUCUUCUCGACGGGAUUGAAAUGUUACAUUUUCGGUCCACGGUAGCGCUCAAGGAGUUGUUUCAAACCCCGCUGAAAGGUCCGUUGACAGGUAGAGUCGGUGCCGUUAAAGCGGCACCUGCAGCCUCCGCCUGCUUCAGCAGCACCGUUAGUUUGGAUGGGAGGUCGCCGGGCAGAGGGAGGGCGUUUGCCGGGUGGAGAGCCCCGCCGCCGCCGCCGCCUCACUUCACCAGAAGGCACGCCGUGAGAGGCUUUUGCUCCAAAGGUGACGGCCAGAAUGAAGCCGGCAAGGAUGCUUCAGCGGAGAAGAGAAGAAAGGCAGGCAUCCUGCCCAGCCUGGAGGAUCUGCUCUUCUACACCAUCGCAGAGGGCCAGGAAAAAAUCCCUGCGCACAAAUUCACCACAGCUCUUAAAGCAACGGGGCUUCGCACGGGAGACCCUCGGCUGAAAGAAUGUAUGGAGAUGCUGAAGGUGACUUUGAAGACGACCUCUGACGGAGCGCUGGACCGGCACCUCUUCAAAAAAUGUGUCCAGAGCAACAUCGUCCUGCUCACCCAGGCAUUCAGGAAGAAGUUUGUCAUCCCAGACUUCCAGUCCUUCAGCGCCCACAUCGACGACCUCUAUGACAAUGCCAAAAACAUGUCUGGAGGGCAGGUGGCUGACUACAUUCCCCAACUGGCCCGCUUCAGCCCUGACCUGUGGGCCGUCGCCCUGUGCACUGUCGACGGACAGAGGCACACUGUCGGCGACACCAAGGUCCCCUUCUGUUUGCAAUCCUGCGUUAAGCCCCUGAAAUACGCCAUCGCCGUUCACGACCACGGGACCGAGUACGUGCACCGCUUCAUCGGCAAAGAGCCCAGCGGCCUGCGAUUCAACAAGCUCUUCCUGAACGAGGAGGAUAAACCACACAACCCCAUGGUUAAUGCUGGCGCUAUCGUCUGUACCUCCCUCAUUAAGCAAGGCGCAAGCAACGCUGAGAAAUUUGAUUAUGUCAUGAACUUCAUGAACAAACUGGCAGGAAACGAGUACGUGGGCUUCAGCAACGCCACUUUCCAGUCAGAGCGAGAGUCUGGAGACAGAAACUUUGCCAUCGGCUAUUACCUGAAGGAGAAGAAGUGUUUCCCAGAGGGGACAGACAUGACCUCCAUCCUCGACUUCUACUUCCAGUUGUGCUCCAUCGAGGUGACCUGCGAGAGCGCCAGCGUCAUGGCCGCGACUCUGGCCAACGGCGGCUUCUGUCCAAUCACAGGGGAGCGCGUGCUGAGCCCCGAGGCGGUGCGGAACACUCUCAGCCUGAUGCACUCCUGCGGCAUGUACGACUUCUCCGGACAGUUCGCUUUCCACGUCGGCCUGCCGGCGAAAUCUGGCGUUGCUGGCGGCAUCCUGCUGGUCGUUCCAAACGUGAUGGGCAUCAUGUGUUGGUCGCCUCCACUGGACAAGCUGGGCAACAGUGUCAGAGGCAUCCAGUUCUGCACGGACCUGGUUUCUCUCUGCAACUUCCACAACUACGAUAACCUGAGGCACUUUGCGAAGAAACUGGAUCCUCGCCGGGAGGGAGGAGACCAGAGGGUGAAGUCGGUGAUCAAUCUGCUGUUUGCUGCUUACACUGGAGACGUCUCUGCUCUGAGGAGGUUUGCGUUGUCCUCCAUGGACAUGGAGCAGAGGGACUAUGACUCCAGGACGGCUCUGCAUGUGGCAGCUGCUGAAGGACAUGCCGAGGUGGUUCGCUUCCUGCUGGAGGCCUGUAAAGUCAACCCGAUUCCCAAAGACAGGUGGGGGAACACGCCGAUGGACGAGGCGGUCCACUUCGGCCACCACGACGUGGUGACAAUCCUCCGUGACUACCACACCCAGUACAGCCCUCCGGACACCACCAGCACCGACAAGGAGAACGCAGAGAAGAACCUGGACGGGAUGCUGUGAAGGGAACCGGCUGACGAGACGCCUGGACAGCCGUGGGUUCAAGAAAUCACUUGAAUCACCUCAGGUGGUGUGCUGUGAGGGGAGGAGGAAGUCAGAAAAGAAAUGUCUUAAUUCAAAGAGGUCAACAACACACAUAGAAAACAGUUAAGACCAUCAAAUCAACUGUAAAAACAGCACCAUCCCUCCAGAGUAAAAGCUCCUCAUCAUGUUAUAGAUGUUGUUUUUUUGUACUAUAUUAAUGUGGGGAAAUAUUUUGAUUUCUUUUCUCCUUUCUCAUCAGCUUCGUAGCUCUGUAGUAUGUAACCAGACACCGAUUGAUUGCUGGGUAAACUCAGUCACGGCUGCUAAGUCGAUGGAUUUACUGUUUAAACGCUGCUUUAUUCUGAAAAGCUGAGAACAGGAAGGUGUAAUUUAGAGGCGUUGCAGACGGUUAGAACCCUUCCUCACUUUGUCGUUACAACAUGGUGGAAUGUAUCUUCCCCCAAACACUUUGGUGUGUUUGUAAUGUGUGUGUGUGAUAUUUAUUUAUCUAUUUAAGAUAAAGUGUACAUUUACAGUAUGUAGUGUGUGUAUAUUCCUGACAUGAGGGUGAGUUAGUGUAAAUACAGGUGUAUAGAUGUAGUUCUCACAAAGAAGUUCAACAUUUAGAUUAAUAAUUAAACAAUUCUUUUUGGGUUUUUUUGUUUUCACCCCCUAAAACUGGACUUUUAUUUUUCACCACAACACUGUUUAAUGUGCUUUUUUAUUUGAUUUGAUUGUAAUAUUAGAAAAUAAUGUAAGCGAGUCAGCCAAAGUUCAGGUCGAAGUUUGUCCUCGAAAGAGUUUAAAAUAUCAGAUGUGACACUGCCAGCACUGACAGUAGCUUGAAUUACUGUAAAGAUCCACCGAUGUUUGACGUUUGUUUUACACUUUAACUUUUUUUUUGUUUUUAGACAUCAUGGCUCAAAUUCUGUGAAAGGAAUCGCACUCAACAAAAAAAACAACCUCACAAGAGACAGACGUUUGUGGAUGAUUUUAACAACCUUAAAGCUCCAGUAGAAAAGCAGCAAUUAUUAUCAGUAUUGACUGCUGGGAAAAUAUGUGAUGAAAUUAUAGUUGUUGUCCCGAAGAUCUCAGGAAGUCUUGAAUUGAACUUGUUAACCUGCAGAAACCACGUUGGCUGCACUGCUGACAGUUGUGUCUAAAUUUAGUCCAGUAUAAUUUGAAUUAACAAUUUAAUUAUCUAACUUUAGGUUGUUUAUCUGAUGUGACUACAAGGAGGAGUUUUAUGUCCAACACUACAUUACUGUGAGAGAGAUGAAUUUAUCCAACCUCUACAUCAGAAACACAUUUUGAAACCAUCUGAUUGGCUGUUUGUUACAGCAGUGACACUUGCAGCUGACUCUUGGAUUUAUGGAUGUAACUUGAUAUUUUCUUUGUUGAGUGCACGUUUUCCUUUCAUUUCACGCUCUUAACACUUUAUUUUUAUCGCUAUGAAUCUAAAGAUUUUCUGAAAAUCAACGUUUUAGUGCAGAAAAUGUGUUGACUGUGAUGUAUCACAAGAUUUUUUGAUGUAUGUCAAAUUGAAAGAGUUUGUUUUAUGUUUGUUUGUUUUUUAUCUGUAAUGUGCAGAAAAAUCUGUCAAACUUGUGCAAGUUGUGCAGAUGUUUCCAGACGUUUUUGUGUGUUUGUAGCUUGUUGAAAGUUUGGAUGUUGUUUCUGCACAGAGAAACUGGACCGGGCAAUCAAACAUGUCUUAUAUUAACAAUCUGUGCUGUGGGAAACAUUUUUAAACUCCUUAGGUUGGGAUCAGUUCAUUCGGUUUGAAUUAUUUUAAAAAGUGAUUUAAAAAAGAAGCACAAAUCUGCAAUAUUUGAGAAAAUAAUUAGCAAUAGAGAUGACUGUCAGAUGAAAUCAGCAAUAUGCAUUUGUGAUCCCGGCCUGCAGGUCCACUCACUGUCUGAACCUGAUCACCUGAAGUGAUCUCUGUUUGCAGCUGCGACUGAAGUCUUCUGAAUGUAAACGUGUUUGGUGUUGUUCUGUUUCUUCUUCAUGUAUAUUUAUGCUGCUUCAGCUCGCGGCGGGCGGUCAGAGUGUCGCAGGCAAUUCAGAUAUUUAUUCACAGAUCAAACAUUUAAUAAAAGUUAUGAAAGUCA